UAGGAACCAUCUCGUUACAAACCUACCUUGGCAAUGCUGCUAUGGCGGCAGCUAGCCGAUGUUGCGGGCUGACGAUAAACCUAUAAACUUUCCACCUCCAAUGAAAGUAUAUAGUUUUCCUGAAUGGAUCUGCCGUGUGUGCCGUGGCAAGACCACGUUGCUCGUAAAUGGGCCGGACUCGAACCUGAAUUUAAAGAACAUUUCAAGUCCGUACGUGAAAUAGAAGACAUCUUUAAAAGCGCCCUAAGUGUGACAACACAAGAUGAUGUGUGCUGUCUACAAAGCAUCUCUGCAGGACACCAUGGACACAAAGAUUCAGAGGCGGCAGCCAGAUGCAGGGAGAGAGGCAACACUAGCUUUAAGAGCAGGAAGUACACUGACGCAACCCUGCAUUACUCACAGGGCGUAUGCUUCGCCCCCCGAAGUUCAGAGCAGCUGUCCCUGUGCUACGCCAACCGCUCAGCAGCACUCUACCACCUGCAUCACUAUCAGGAAGCUCUUGAUGACAUUGAGGAAGCAAAGAGGAACAGCUACCCUUCUCAUCUUUUAGAAAAGCUAGAGAAGCGCCGCGCACAGUGCCUCACACACCUCUCUUCCUCAGACACCCACAGAGGUCCACAAAUAGCAGAAAGACCACCAAGCGGACCUCUCACAUUAGGACUUUGUCCCCAAGCUGCUGUUCACUUCAGCUCAAAGAAAGGUCGCCACCUGGUGGCUGCAAAGAGAAUAUCAGCCGGGGAGGUGAUCCUCAGCGAAAGGCCUUAUAGCUGCGUCCUCAUCCCGAGCAUGAAGGGAGUUAUGGGGGACAUGCUUGGGACUGAGUGCAGGUGCUGUCACAGGUGUUUGGUCCAAACAUUAAGUCCGGUGCCGUGUGGGGGGUGUGCUUACAGCCGCUAUUGUUCUGAUGGCUGUCGGAAGCUGGCCUGGGAGGAACACCACCGCUGGGAGUGUCCACUCGGGGAGUAUCUGAUGGCGGUGGGUGUGAUGUCACAGCUUGCGCUUAGAGUAGUGCUAAAAGCUGGGGUGAAGAACAUCCGUGUGGCCAUGGAGUCCUCUCGAGAGAACGCACGUCCCUCAGAAUAUUCCGGUCACUCCUACAUGAGCGUGUUCCACCUGUUGCACCACUUGAACCACCAGAGUCCCAGCAUGCAUUUCCUGUGUGCAGUCACCAUAGCGACGCUCUGCAUGAAGCUCAACAGGACAGGACCACCGCCUUCAUCGAAGGAUCUCAGUGGACCACUGACGGGACAGUCAGAUCAGGACGCAGACUUGGAUGUGAGCCCGGAGUGGCAGCUGUUGGGAAGCGUGGCGUUGAGGCACCUGCUGCAAUUACGGUGCAACGGCCAGGCUGUUAUCACGCUUCAAGAGCAAGGUCCGUCAGACGCCCUAGUGCAGUCCAGUCAGGAAGCACGCAUAGCCACAGCCAUAUUCCCAACACUGAGUCUGCUCAACCACUCCUGUCGUCCCAACACCAGCCUGGUGUUCAGCACGGGAGACACCCCCACUGACGGCAGCGGCGUCGCUGUCACCAUAAGAGCGUCCCAAAGCGUGUCUCCUGGACAAGAGAUCACACACUGCUAUGGUCCUCACAACAGCAGGAUGGCUACCAGGGAGCGCAGGCGCCUCCUGCAGGAGCAGUACUUCUUCCUGUGCGAGUGUGAGGCCUGUAUGCAGACGGAGGACCAGAUAGAGGAUACGAAAGGGCAAUGUGGAGGUGGAACAUCUGGACUGCUGUGUGCUGAGUGCAAGGCUUCCCUCGUGAUGAAGGACACAGGAAGACACUUUAAAUGCCCAGACCCAUCUUGUGGCUAUCUGAUGCCAUCCUCUGAGGUCAGACAGAGGCUGCAGGAGGUCCAGCAGGACUUGGACUUGGCCGUGGACCUCAUGGAGAGACAAAGACCAAGCGAGGCCCUCGUCCUGCUGGAAAGAACGUGGCGUCAGUCAGACGGGACGCUAGCAGAGGCGCACCCUCUACAGGGGGAGGUUGCAGACGCCAUGGCCAGAGCGCACGCCACAAUGGGCCAGUGGAGCCUUGCAGCCUCACACAUGGAGCGUAGCACCAUCGCCAUCGGCUCCCAGUUUGGGGAGGACAGCGUGGAAAUGGCUCGACAACUCUUCAAGUUAGCUCAGCUGCACUUCAACGGUGGGUUCAGAAGGUCCGCCCUCGCCAUCAUUCCCAAAGCCCAACGCCUCCUCUGCCUCCACUGUGGCCCCCACUGCUCUGAAGUCCAGGAGCUGCAAGCCAUGGAGGACUGUUUACACGAGUCAUCGUCUGUGUUGGAUUUGAACAAUCAGUGACAUCUGUAUGCGCUUAUUUUGUGAAUAAAAAUGGAAUAAAUUGUUUCAAAUUCUG